AUGAUCUCUCAACCCUUCACAACCGGGCUUCUCGCCCUGUGCUUCACCACUUUCACCUCUGCGUCGGCCAUCCCGCACCUCGAUAACCAGGGCAUCCUGAGCUACGCAGACCAUGCCAACACUCCCUUCGGGGCCGCAUCAACCACUUCUGACAGUGUCGAUGCAGAUGGGUUCAGCCGCCCGUCCUGGUUUACCUCCGCCCUGAUGGCCCGCCGCCUGCUCGCGCUUUCUCCGUCUGGCGUCAUCUCCACCGUCUUCCCGAGCCACAUCCCUACCUAUUCCCGCACGCCCGCCGAGGUGGCCGGUCUGCCUAUCGGUCUACGCGAGUACGUUGCGGACUGUGACUCGGCAUUGCCCGAGGGCCUGUCGCACGAAGAUAACGGCGAUCCCACCAUUCUGGCCCUGCGCGUCGCAACUACCUUCAAGAACAUUGGCGCCGGGUCCAACCUUAGCCUCGAGCUCGACUGGUGGGAGCAUCUUUCCGAUGCGGGCGCCGUCUACCCCGGUCUCCCUCCCAGCCCGGCUGCUCUCCCGCGCAUCACCCUGUUCGGAUACCUCGACACCCUCCCGGAACUCUCAGACGCGGCCACAGCCACACUGGAGAAGUGUUUCCUCCAGUCUCAUCAAGAUGCGAAGGUCUGGCUGCCUAGCACACCAGGGUCCCCACACGCGAGUUUCUGGGCCCGGUUGGUGGUUACGCAGGCGUACUGGAUCGGCGGGUUUGGCGACGUGCAACAGAUCGGGUGGAUGAAUGUCACCGAGUGGAAGGGCAUCCGCCGGCACGGUAGUGUGGCUGGCGUGGGCGAUGGGAGGGACGGCUACACAGGGGUGCCUGAUGGAAUGGACACACAUGGGCUCGGAUCCAGAUACCCGAUCGGAUAA